UACUGAUUUUGAGGUUAUGGAAGAUUUUAUUUAAAGUUAAAAUAAAAACACUCUUACAGCAAGGUUCUUUCAAGGGUGGUUACUUGUAUAGCGUGUUGUUUGAUGCCUUUAAUGAGCCCCAGGUAGUUUGCUACUUUUAUUUAAGGAAUCAGGCCGAAGCUCCUUUGUUGAUCCAAUCAAUAUCUCAAAAUGGGGGAAAUAGUGCAGAAGAAGAUGGAGCAGUUUGCUCCAUCUCUACUUGCCUUAAAACAGAGCAAUAUAUUCACUGAGGAUGAAGUGAACAAAAUCAUAAAAAAAGUGAAAAACUAUGAACAUCGCCUGGUUGGCGGCGGAAAAUCCCUGGAAUUAUUCAAGGAAGCUAUAAACUAUGAUAGUGGAGUCCUAAUGGAAUUAAGAAGGCGCAAAAAAAUGAAAAAUUGUGCUAAUAAGGACAAACAUUUAGAGUGGAUAUUUGUCAAGAGGAUAAUAAAUAAUUAUCAGAGAGCGAUGAAACAUUUUCCACCAGAUUAUAAUCUAUAUUCGGUGUUUUUUGAUUUUCUGAGGUAUUUCCCGCAGCAACUUGGAAACAUGGCGCAUCAGCAAGUUAAGAGAUUUAUUCAGACUUUUGGACAUAUCCCAGGGGUAUUCCGUAAAGUUGCAUCUUGGUACAUUCAAAUCGAUAAAAUCGAUGAGGCUCGUAAAACCCUUUUGCGAGGCCAAUCUCUCCAUCCGAAUCACUUCGAAAUUUAUUUAGACUUGAUCGAACUGGAACUGCGUCACGAAAAACCCGGUUUUCCCGAUCGUCUUAAGGAGUACGUCGACGAAGUAAUAAAAAACAAAUUACCCAUUCAGUUUUUGGUUGAAACAUUGAAAUUAUUCGAUAACGUUGAAUGCUUGAAAACCGUUAACGGUACUGUGGAUUAUACCAUUCAUCAUAUGUUGACUGUUUAUAGAGAUGAUGCGGAAGUCUGGCACAUUGUUGCGCAAAGGGAAUUAAGAGGUGAUUAUUAUCCAAUUACCACCCAACCAGAAGGUAAAGGCCAAGUUUAUUCAGUGGAAAGAGCCAUAGUACGUUACAAGGAAGGUAUUUCCAAGGUGCCUCCUGCUCAAAAACAUAUUUUGUGGAAAAAAUAUUUGAAUAUGCUGGUAGAUUUACAGAAGGGAAAUGACUCAACUACAGUAAAAUACUUUUUAACAGAAGCAUUAAAAGAAGCAGAAAAGGAUUCCAUUCCACUAGAUGAAACCCAUUACACUGCUUGGAUAGACUGUUGCGGCAACAAUCAGACUUUGUUGGUGAAAAAAUUUAAGCAAGGGGUCGAAGAACAUCCAAAAUCAAUCAUCCUUUGGAGUUGCUAUCUAAAAUUCUACCUCUUACAAGACGAAUCGAAACAAGCAGAGCAAAUAUUUGAGAAAGCAAUAGAAGCUUUAGGGCCUGAUUCCUUUCAAAUAUGGGAUGAUUACAUGGAUUUUCAACAAUUAAAAGGCAGCACCGAAGAACUAGAAACUCUUUACGAGAGGGCAAUCAAUCAACCUUAUGAACAAGUAUCGAAACCCUUCAAAAGUCGCUUUUUAUCGAUGACUUUCUUGAGCAGAGGCAUCGAGAGUGCCCGCGAAUUGUAUCUGAAAAUAGCAGAUAAAGCGCCAUACUGCAAAGAAUUGCAUAUAGAAAUGAUGUUGGCAGAAGAAAUGGAAUCGCACAACGGAAACGCCCAGAACAACGACAUUAAGAGGCAAGUGUUGGAGUUUUGGAUGCGGCAAUUCGGGGAUUCCGAUGUCGAUGUGUAUUUUCAAAGGAUGAAUUAUGUGAGAGAACAGUUUCCUCAAGGGAUUAAUUUGAAUGAGAAAAUCGGCAAGAUUUAUGAAGAAGCCAUAAGAACUUUGGUGGAUACGAAGAAAGUCGCGUUGUUUAAAGAGCGGUUCCAUAAGGAGCAACAGCAGACCGAGAUGACGACAUGACCUUUAGAAUUUCGAUUCGAUAAUUUAGUUUUGUGAGUUCUUUUUGAUUAUUCUUUUUUAAUUAUGUAUUUGAUUAUGCUUAAAUAAUAAUAAUAUUUAGGUUAUUGUUACGUGUAAUUUUAGAUUAGGAGUAAAUCAUUAAGAAGUAAUGAAUUUUAAUCAAAAGGUCUGUAAAGUAAA